AUGGCUGUGAACUAUUACCAGGCCCAAGAUUACUACGGACAACCGCUGUUGGAUCAAAGCAGCUACGACCCGAUUGGCCAAUCAGGCUUUUCAGCAGGCUAUCCAUCGGGAUAUACGGAUGUGACGGGUCUGGAUAGAACGCGAGUGACGACCCCGCCCCCGCCGCUGUUGUGCUCGGUGGGUGCGACGCCGACCGCACUGCGUCCGCUGCUUCCGCCGGAUGGUGCGUGCGACAUCCUCAUCUACAUGCACGUCCGGUUCUUGAACAACAGGCUGCUUCCGCUGAUCAACGUGAUGAGCUUCGAAACUUUCAAGAACGGUUGCUCACACUACGCACACACCACCUGCGGCCUUUCCUUCGACAUAAUGCACAUCCCGCCACCGUCGUUCGCGUCAAUCCCUUUCGAAGAGCACGUAAAUGAACUGAAGGCCAAGUUUCAUAUGGAUCACUACGGCAUUCUCAACGUCUAUGGCGACCAAAAAUUCGUCGACAGCGUAUCCGGAAGAUCUGUUCCCCUAACACUAAGCGCAUUGCGACGAAUUUUGGGAGAAGAAGAGGAAAGGGAGAAGCACAAGGUCUUCGUCGGAGUUGGCUACCGCUACUUCAACGCAACGAACUCCUGGUCCGCUUUGACGUACACGGCCUCGAACUUGGCGUCGAAGGACGUGGACAUUGUGGUAAUAAUUACCAGUUUUCUGAUGCCCCAUGAUCUGCACGAUUGCAUAACACUUCCUGUCAACGCGAUGAAGAGCCCGAACCAAUACACUCCGGCUCUGGAUGAUGCUUCACAUAUGGCCAAAGAGGGCUUCGCAACGCCCUCGACCAUCGUGGCGUUCACCUUCCAGAUGGGCGUGCCGUACUACAUCCUCACCAAGCAGUACGGCCGACCCAUCGAUGCCAUGUACGAGCCCUGCACCAAGUUCGCACUCACCGACUACUCGCAGGCAACCACCACGACGACCACAUCAACGACGACGACCACCACGACGACCACGACGACGACCACACCCCCACCGCUUAUGUGCUCGGUGGGCACGGUCGCGGCUUCUGUCAAAACGAUGCUGCCUCCCGACGGCGAGUGCGACAUCCUGAUCUUCACGCAUGUACAACUGAACAACCGGACAGUUCAUGCGGUCGUCAACAAUAUGGCCUUGGAUACGUUCCAGGAUGCCUGCACCACCUACAAACGCACAACAUGCGGUGUGUCCUUCACCAUGCGCAUGCUCAAAGGGGACAUGUUCAGCAACACUGCAGACCAGGACUAUAUGAAGGAAUACCAGAAACGCAACCGCAUCGAUCACCUCGGCAUCCUAGACGUGUACGGCUCAAAAGCCGAGGUCGACAAGGCGUCGAACGAAACCGUACCAUCUGUACUUGCCGCUAUGCGGCAACUCCUGGGAAAUGACGCCGGACGCCACAAGCUCAUUCUCGGCUUGGGUUACUACUACUACAACGACACAGAUGCCUGGGGUAAUCUUAUGAAGAUUGCCCAGACUCUCACGGCGAAAGACGUCGACGUGCUCGUCGUGAUUAACACAGUCUUGUCAGUUCCCACCCACAAGCAGUGCAUCACGCUGGCUUCGAACGCCCUCAAGAGUAACGAGAAACACUGUCCAACCAUGGAUGGUGCGCUCCCGAUGGCCAUGGACAAGUUUGGGAGGAGCAACAUGAUCGUGGCCUUUUCUUUACAAAUGGGCGUGGUCAUGUACACACUGACGGCCACUUACAGCCUCGCAAUUAACGCCCUCUACGCACCAUGCAGCGGCUUCGCUGUCACCGACUAUUCGCAGGCAAGUGGCACUAGGGAUCUUUAG